UCAUUUCCAGAUGUGUGUAAUGAACUAAUCAUGGAAAUAAACAGUACAUGACAAUAUAAUAAUUUAAGUGUUGUAACUUUUGUGUUCACUAUAUGUCGUUAGUUGCCGGCAAAGUUUUAGUGUUCUGAUAAACUUGCGAGUGAUCGGAGGGAGCCGAGAGGAAACGGGUGGAGUUUGGUUGUAAGAUGGAAGAUGCUGCCAAUCUGGGUAAAUACAGGACCUCACUCCCAGUGGCCCAGUUUAGCCGCGGCGACUUCUCCCUGUGGUCAGUACUAAAGAACUGCGUCGGCAAAGAGCUAUCCAAGAUAACCAUGCCGGUGGUGUUCAACGAGCCGCUGUCCUUCCUCCAGCGCAUGCUGGAGUACCUCGAGUACGCUCAUCUGCUGCGGAUGGCGUCGGAGCAAAGCGAUCCUGUUGCCAGGAUGGAGUAUAUUGCAGCGUUCGCAGUGAGUGCCCUCGCUUCGAACUGGGAGCGUUUGGGCAAGCCAUUCAACCCAUUGCUGGGCGAGACGUACGAACUGGAAAGGCCAGAGUUCAGGGCGGUUUGUGAACAGGUGUCUCAUCACCCGCCUGUGUCCGCAUUCCACGCUGACAGCAAGCAUUUUGUAUUCCACGGCUCAGUCCAUCCCAAAUUGAAGUUCUGCGGCAAGAGUGUGGAGAUUCAGCCCAAAGGUCAUGUGACCGUGGAAUUGCCAAGGUGGGGGGAAGCCUACACCUGGACCAACGUGAAUUGCGUGGUCCACAAUGUGAUCGUGGGGAAAUUGUGGAUCGAGCAGUACGGCGCCAUGGAGGUGACGUGCCACGGCGGAGCAGGGCUUAAGGCCAACCUCGUCUUCAAGCCAGCUGGAUUCAACAACAGAGACCUUCACCGAGUCGACGGGUUUAUAGUAGAUGCCAGUAAGAAGCGGCUUCGGUUCCUGUAUGGAAAAUGGACGGAGUACAUCAAGUGCUGCAGCGCAAGCGCGUUCGAGCAGUGGUCGCGGGAGAAGGGCGAGGAGGCGGGAGGGGCGCACACCCCCUCUCACACGCCGAAGAAGGUGCUCGCUAAACUGAACAGCUUCAAAGUCGGCGCUCUGCGGUCCAUGUCCAUACAGGAGCCUGAAGAACCAGAGACCUCGGAAGAUGUUCCAAAACCAGACGAGUCGUUCAACAUCGACAUACCGGGCUCUGUGUCGCUGUGGGAAGCGCGGCCCAGACCGGCGAAUAGUGCUCAGUACUACCAAUUCACGGAGUUCGCAAUGUCUCUGAACGAAUUAGAGCCGGGCAUGAAAGGCCAGCUGUGCCCGACCGACAGCCGCCUCAGGCCAGACGUGAGGCUCCUGGAACAGGGAGAUAUUGACGCUGCAGCUGCGGAGAAAACCAGGCUUGAAGAGAAACAGCGGGCGGCGAGGAAGCUGCUCAAGAAGUCUACUGAAGCUUGGCAGCCGAGGUGGUUCAGUCAAGGCACAAAUCCGUAUACGAAGCAAGAGGACUGGCUGUACAACGGCGGGUAUUGGGAUCGCAACUACCAACAUUUGAAGGACGUGGACAUAUUCUAAUGUACCUACGUAUGUUAUUUCGUACAGUACAGUCUAGCGAACAUAGAUCAAAUUUGUCUUGAGGGGAUUUUUCUUUUAGCUUACCAUACAUUUUUAAGUAGACAGAUUCUGGUUACCAUCGAGAGAGAAAACAUCUCUCGUCAGUCGAUUUUAUACUCGUUAUAAACCAAAAAGGUCGCGUUAUUUUGUAGGUUUCUAGUCAUAAUAACAGAAAUUACUGUGAAAUUAUUUAUGUUUAAAUUGUGCAUUAUUGCUGAAUGAUGUUGAAUUUUUUGCGCAAGUACAUGUCAUAGCCCGCCUACUAAAUGCACUUGGUAUUCAUUCAUUUAUCGAUUUUCAAAAUUGAAUAUACAUUUUUUAUUUAAUUAGUAAAGAAUUAAAAUGGCGGUACGCACUCAAUAUAAAGAUACAAUCCGUUUUACGUAUAGUAAUUUUGAUACCUAACGUCUUUCCAGUUGUUUCAUGAAGGUUUCAGUAAAUUCCAUUAUCUUAAUUUAAUUAAAAUUCUUAUAUUCGUGUAGUGAAGUAUAAAAUUUCCCAAAAUAUGUACAAAAAUAAAUGAAUGUAAUUGCGGAGCUUGAAUUAUUUAAAAUGAGAUAUAUAUUUUUGGUGCCAAAGUGCUAAGCAUUUAUUUUACGUACAAGUUGGAUAUUGAAUAUGCUUAGAUGGCGCGUGUUACAGUACUCGGCAGUAAAUAUUACACAUUGCGUUGCUCUAUAGAAAUCGUUUAAAAGUCAGUUACAAAACGUCAUAUAGUUUUGAGUGAUAGAGACAGCCUCUACAAAGCUGGUGAGAUCUAUCUCUUUCUAAAUCCAUAUUUACUACCAUUUAAAGAGAGAAUACUUUUCUUUUUUUCUCAGUACAAUGUGCAAUAAAAUUUACUGCCGAAUAUUGUAAUUCUAUAGCUUAUUCAUGGAAGGGUUGAUGAUGUAGAGGACCAGAUAUGAGUAACAAAGCGAGGAAAUACUGAUUUAUAGAGAAACAUGAAAUGUAAUAAAAAUAAAACUUAGUAGAUUGUUUACACUCAUAGAAUAAUAAAUAAGAUCUCGUAUAUUUACUAAGUUUUAUAACACAUCAAUAAGUAAUAUGCGAAUUUAAUUUGAUACGAUUAGAAAAUCGCUAUAUUUCUGCAAUAUUUAAAACAAAUUGGUUCUUCGUGUUUCUUUUUCCAGUUCUAGAAAUAAAUCAGUCUUUCCUUAGUCACAUACGUAUCGUGUUAAAAUGCUUUAGAUUAAACAUUAAGGCUUGUAUAUUAAAAUUAACUAUUUUCAGUUUAUCCUACGUAAAUUUCUAGAUAUGCCCUAAGAUCUAAGGACUUAUUCUUCAUAUAAGGAACAAUAAUUUCACAAAAAAAAGUGCAUGUCUAGCAACCAAAUGAAUGGUUAUUAUAAGCCAGCUAGUUAUCUGGAGUGUACUGCUCGUAUUUUGUCUAUUUAUUAAGAGUGAUUGCAUGGGGUGGGGUCCCCCCUCCUCCCAAAACAUUGACUUGGCUGAGAAGGUGAAAACAACAAAGAUGUGCAUUGAAUGACAUUCAUAUUCGUUUGAAAAAGAAAUGUUUGUUUGAUCCUCUAAUCACUUGGGAGUGAUUAAAGGUUCAAGCAACCAAUUUUUGGGCCUCGUGGCCCCCCUUCACCGGCUACAAACCGUGAGUGAUGGUAAUAUGAUUAAAAAAUCUGACGGACAACACCAAUAUUACUUUUCAACAAAAUGUAGAGAAGAACAUUCUUACUAUUGCUAAUUUCCGUGGCUUAAUCACACUUUCUGAACGCACCGGAGUAAUAUGGAAUUAAGUUUUGAGUGAUAAUCGAAAACUAAACCAUAUUUCUCGGCACUUACUACUAAUAUUUAUAAACCUAGUUUCUUAGAUACAGGGCAUAUUUAAACAAUAUAAUAUUAUAUCACAAGCAAAGCUUAUAACUGUAUAAAGUCAAUUAUUUAUCACAUAUUUAAGCAUGUGCUAUAAAAGAAAUAUAUUUUAUCAAAUUGAAUUACGUGUCAUGUCUGUUUAUUGUUAUUCUUUACUUCAUUAGGAUUGUUAUUUUUUUUCUAUUUAAGAUUUUAUUUGCACUGUCGUAUAUUCCAAUAAUUCAACAUAAAUAUUAAUGUUUUACAUUGUCUCGUUUAUUUGUCUUCCUAAUUGUAUUAUUUGUACAAAAUAGUUUUAAUACUUGUUUCGUCUUAUUAUUAAGUAAUAGUUUGUUACUAUCUUAGAUUUAUGUAUAGAGUGUUUCAAGGAGAUAUCAAUAAUAAAACCCAGCCAAAAGUAUAUGCCACUUGCAAGUGUAAUUAGUACAGAAACUAUAAAAAGCUACCAAUAACCAAUUAUCCAAGUAGUAAUUAAUAAACACCCUGUCUCCAAGUAUGAUUAUUUGCAACGCGCGCUUUUUGAAACACUCUGUAUAAAUUACUUUAUACCUUACUUUAUCAAUAUAUAGUUCUAAAUAGCAUAUCACCAAUAGCUUAAGAGCUUUUAAAAUCAUUUCUUAUCCCGUUACGAAAUUCCGAACCCCAAACUUCUGACUAUUACAACUUUAUCACAAAUUGUUUAGUCGAUUAGCAUUUCAAGACGGGUAAAUAGCGGAUAGAUUUUUUAUAGCUUUUUGUGUAUUUUUAGUAUAUAUAGAAAAAUAUUGAGUAGUGUUGUAUCAUUCGUGAAUUUCAACUGUAUAAUUACAUUUAACACAACGUCUUAGACGGUUAAAAAUGUAGUGAAAAUUGUAAAAAAAAUAUAUUUACUAUAAAUAAUCAAAAUGUAAUAGGUAAUAAAUAGAAUCGAUGACGA